AUGCUGCUCACCCUCAAGACAUCUUCCCGCAACGGCGCCCUGGCUCUUGACGAAUGCACGCGCACGACGCCGGCAUACGCAUACCAGAAGCACCCUCACCCGUCUCCCUCACCGUCGCCAUCGCCGUCGCCGUCGCCGUUGACAUCGACACCAGCCCGCCGCCUGAUGGAUUCACAGCACAGGAAUCUGCCUCCUCCAGUCGCCAUGGGCCUCACCGUCACGGAAAUGACGUCCUCCAACAGCUCCAGCUCUAACUCAAACGGGGGAGCUAGCAUUCCCCUUCCCCCUCCGCCAACACACCCACAACCACAUCUUCAAGGCCGUGAUGGGCGAACUUGGGAUAGCCACGAUGAUGCAAUGCGCCAAUGGCUACAAGCAAGAGUUGAAGAGGAUAAGCGCAAGCAGGAAGAAGAACGCACCCGUCAGGAGGCCCUCAAGCUUGACCAGCGCAAAAUUGAGCACAAGAUGCUGCAGGAUACGCUCAGCUCCAACGUCCCGCCUCAUAUGGUGCCUCUGGUAUUUGUAGGGCUGGCUGGACCCCAGGCUCAAUGGGCUCAGCAGUAUAUCCUACAGAUGACACAGAAUAACGGACCUGCAGGUAUGAAUCCGAAUCUGAAUCCGUAUCAGCCUCAGCAACCACGGCAUGAACAGUAUACCCAGCAGUAUAGACCACCACCGCCUCCCUCUUUUCCGCAACAGCAGCCACCUCCCAACCCCAUCUAUCAGCCUCCCGAGUUCUCCUUACGCUCGAAGCAGAACCCCAUGGAACCCUCUGAGAACCGUGAAAUUGCACCCAAUCCAUACGCCAUCUCUGCUCAUAGACUCUCCAUCCCUUCUUCCCAGCAGCCUCAGCAGCCUCAGUCCCAGCAACAAGCCCGGCAACAGCAGCAGCCGCACCACCCACACCAUUCACCUCACCCGCAUCACCAGCAGCACCAGCAGCAGCCCUCUCCGCCAUCAUCAUCACACCCCCAUAUCACCAUAUACGGGCCCAAUCCGAUGGCCCACCACGCUCAGAUGACCACCGAAUCACUCCCGCGCCUUUCUACUGCCUCGGACAUGCAUCAUCCCAUUCAGCAGAGGAACAACUCGACCCCAUCUUCUGCAGCCAUCAGUGCGCACACCCCGUCCUCGUACUCCCAUUCUCAAUCCUACCCCUCUCACCCCGUCUCCACCAAACAAGACUCUGCAGCUGCCCCCCAAAUACGGCAGACCUCCCCUUCCAUAUCUUUCCACCAUUGGGUCCCUCCACAAUCUCAACCCACCACUCCAGCUGGGAAAAGCCCCAACAGCUCUCCCCACUCCGGCAAUCCAGCCUCUGCCUCCUCCCAGACUCAUCAUCUUCGAAAUGAGUAUCAACCGUCACCUAAGAAGCGUAAAGCGCAAAGUUCGCACGCUCCCAUCCCACCACCCCCAUCUCAACUGUCCGAGGUGGCUACUACCGAUGACCUUGGUUCUCUACCUGAUCGUAACCCCCGUAACCGAUCACACUCGGGGGCCAGCGCAGAAAAACGCAGACAAAGCAGUUCUGCAACCCAUUCCCGUUCAAUUGGAGAGUAUACUUUUAAAAUCAACACCAGAAAUAAUAACACAUCGCAUGCCUAUUCAAGCUCUAGCUCAAAACACCAGCAACAUGCAAAUCAGAGCCAGACGCAGAUGCAAGUAUCCUCUCUCGUCCGUCCAUCCGAUCCCACCCAGACACCGACCACUAGCCGUUCUCAUUCUCGCUCGCGUGAUGUCUCGCCUUCUUCUCGCGGUACACGAGACACCACAAGAGAUAGAGACCCGCCCAUCAUACAUGAACCAGAUACUGCUGCUGUUGCUACGGGACCCAGAGCCUCCACAAACGUCUGCAGCAGUGGAGAUAGCACUGUCUACCACACUGCAUCAAACUCACUCACCUCUAACGAGACCAACGGCCCGGUUUCUAAUGGUGACACUCUUCGCAAUUAG